GCGCGCGCAUCUUCUCGUCAGCCCUGGAGCCCCGCGGACACUUGUUAUCACCUCGAGAUGCACGAGCGUCUGACAAGUGAAGAAGACUAUGAGGAAGAGGAGCAGCGGACAGGUGGAACAGGCUAGGGGUGUCGUUAAUACGACCGUUAAACCGUGUGCGUCGGGGUUCGGGAAGGGCUACUGGGAGGAGGACGUCGUGCGCGCCGCCGCCGGUGCAUCUACUGCUGCCAGUGUACCCACAGUCGCGUCGUGCGCGCCGCUAGUGCGCUGCCAUCCGCUGCCGCUGUAUCCACCGCCGCGUCGUGCGCGCCGCUACCGCUCUGCCAUCCGCUGCCACAGCAGGCUACUAUGAUAUGAGACACAACACAUGGUUGGGCUGAUUCUAGCACACACACACACACACACACACACACACACACACACACACACACACACACACGGUGGUGGACAGCCUCUACGCCUCGAUGUGGGCUCGGGGACGGCGGAUAUCGUGGAGAUAAUGGAUUAAUAAUCGAUACACGGACCGAGCGCGGGUUUUUUCUUUUUCUCUGAAAGACAGGGUUUGAUAAAUGAAAAAAAGAACGCUCCCCUCGCCAUGGAGAACCAAGCGGGAGAGCAGCAGAGCUACGAAGACGUGCAGAAAAGCGGGUACCUCCGCAAGCAUAAAUCGAUGCACCGGCGGUUCUUCGUGCUGAGGGCGGCUUCGGAGCAGGGUCCGGCGCGCCUCGAGUACUACGAGAACGAAAAGAAAUUCCGUAGUAAAUCCCCGGUCCCCAAGAAGACCCUGAACCUGGAGACGUGCUUCAACAUCAACAAGCGGGCGGAUUCCAAGAACAAGCACAUGAUCGUGCUGUACACCCGCAGCGAGAGCUUCGCUAUCGCCGCAGACACCGAGGAGGUGCAAGACGAGUGGUACCAGGCCAUGCUGGACCUCCAGUGUAAUUUUAAAGCCCCUGACGACUGGGGCAGCAGCGGCGAGUGCAGCUCCCCCUCCCCGGUGCCCACCUUCAAGGAGGUGUGGCAGGUCAAGGUGUGGCCCAAGGGCCUGGGCCACGCCAGGAACCUGGUGGGCAUCUACCGGCUGUGCCUGACCGACAAGACGGUCAACUUCGUCAAGCUCAACUCCGAGGUGGCCUCCGUGGCGCUGCAGCUCAUGAACGUGCGCCGCUGCGGCCACUCGGAGAACUUCUUCUUCAUCGAGGUGGGCCGCUCGGCCGUCACGGGCCCGGGGGAGUUCUGGAUGCAGGUGGAGGACUCGGUGGUGGCGCAGCACAUGCACGAGACGCUGCUGGAGGCCAUGAAGGCGCUCAGCGAGGAGUUCCGGCAGCGCAGCAAGUCCCAGUCGGUGGGCACGUCGUGCGGCGGCGGCGGCACGGCCUCCAACCCCAUCAGCGCCCCCGGCCGCCGCCACCACCACCCCAACCUGCCGCCCAGCCAGGUGGGCUUCUCCCGCCGGGCCCGCACCGAGACCCCGGGCACGGGGGGCAGCAGCACCAGCACCUCCCCCACGUCCCGCCACGGCUUCCCCAGGGCGCGCACCGCCAGCAUCGGGGCGCGGUCGGAGGAGGGCGGGGCCUGCGGCAAGGGCACGUGGGCCAGCUCCAGCCCGAGCCUCAACAGCUCCUGCUCCACCACGCCCACGCUGAGGCCCAAGCCCACCCGGGCCCCCACGCCCGCCAAGAUCACCCUCAGUCUGGCCCGGUAUACGCCCAACCCCACGCCCUCCCCGGCCCCCAGCCUGUCCUCCAGCUCCGGCCACGGCUCAGAGUGCGGCCUGAUCGGGGCCGCGGCGGGGGGGAUGGCCGUCUGCUCGUACCCCCGGGCCCCCCAGCGGGUCUCCGUCUCGGGGUCCCCCAGUGACUACGGCUCCUCGGACGAGUACGGCUCCAGCCCCGGCGAGCACUCCCUCACGGUGCCCAACUUGCCCGGCACGUCGCACUUCGGCGUCGGCGGCCACCUCGGGCACGGCGAGGGCCCCGCCUCCUACCUCGUCAUGGGCCACCGGGAGGGGCUCCUGGCCUCGGGCCACCGCUCCAAGGGCCGGCGGAUCCUGCGGCGCUCCUCGGGCCGGGAGUGCGAGGCGGAGCGCCGGCUGCUGACCAAGAGGGCGUCGCUGCCCUCGGCCGCCCGCGACCGCCUCGGCCCGCGCAGGAAGGACGAGGACGAGGGGGACGACGAGGAGUACGCCGUCAUGUGCCGCAGCCCCAACGACACGACGGACCGGCCGCCCGGCCCGGGGGGCGGGGGAGGGGGCCCGGCGGGGGACGCGUCGUCGUCGGGGGAGGCGAGGAAGAGCGGCGGGGUCGGCCGAGGGGACGGCGAGGCCGGCGGCUACAUGGCCAUGGUCCCCGGGGGAGCGGCGUCCCCGCCGGGCUCCCUCGCUCUCGCGGCGGCGGCCGGCGCGGCCGGCGCCGGCGCCAAGCCCGCGGCCGCCGACGAGUACAUGGCCAUGACGCCCAACAACAGCGCGUCGUCCCCGCAGCCCAUCCCCCCGCCGGGCGCCGAGGGCUACAUGCUCAUGUCCCCCAACAGCGGCUCCUCCGACCUCCAGGGGCUGGUGGCCUGGGGGAGCCGCUCCAGCGUGGAGAGCCGCCCGGCCAGCGACUACAUGAACGUCUCCCCCGGCAGCAGCCGCUCGGCCUGCAGCACGCCCCCCUCCCACCCGGAGCAGCACCCCCUGCAGCCCAAGAUGUUCAACUCCUACUUCUCCCUGCCCAGGGCGUACCAACACACCCUCUACACCCGCUUCGAGGACGACCUGAACCAGGGCCAGGGCGGCGAGGGCGGAGCCGGCCACGAAGGCACCGGGACGGGAGGAGGAGGAGGAGGAGGAGGAGGAGGGGGAGGAGCAGGGGGAGGAGCCGGGGGAGCAGGGGGAGGAGGGGGAGGAGGGACAUACAGCAAGAGGAACAAGAUGGCGGCAGGUCCCGCAGGAAGCCGCCCUCUGUCCCUGUCCUCCUCCUCCUUCUCCUCCAGCUCGGCCAGCAGUGAGAGUCUGGAGGACAAGUCCCUGGUGGCGGGGCGGGGGUUGAGUGUGUUGCGAGCGGGCGGAGCAUGUGCCAAAGACGGACGCCACGCGAGGAGCGCGUCGGGCGGUAAGGGCUCACAGCAGGGGAGGAGGAGCCGCCCCCCCGGCGCGUCCUCGGACAUGGCCAAGGCCAACACCCUACCGAGGGCCAGGGAGAACCUGCAGCCCUCCGUCGCUCACAGCGUGGGCGAGUACGUCAGCAUCCAGUACGGCGAGGACGGAGAGUGCAACGGACGGCGGCGCUCGGCGUCCCGGCACGGUCAGGCGGUCCACGGCCCCCUCGGGCCCCUGGACCGCUCGGUCCUCUGUCGGGACAGCCCCACCAACCUCUCGCGCAGCUUCUCUGCGCCACUGUCCACCUCUGCUGAGUACGUCAGCAUGGAGGUGGGGAGGUCCUCUGCGUCCCCGCGGACCCCCGCCCGCUCCAAGUUCACCACCCCGCCCGCGGCCUCCCCCAAGUCCAGAGACGGUCGCAGUGCUAAGUCCUCGCCCCUUGCAGCAGAAGGCCACAGCAGUUACAGAACAAGCGCUGCCCUCCCAACGGACACCCCCAAAGGGCCAGAUCCUCCGAGUAAGAGUUCUUCUUCUAACACCGCGGCCAGACCCCAAGCUCACUCCGGCCAACUGCCGUUUCAGCCGGACCCCAGCCUCGGUUUUUCCCCGAUCGAGUCGUUCUCGUCUCCCGGCCGGAGCGGCCGACUGGCGCGAGGCGACUCCCAGGGUCUGAGGAGCCCGCGUGCAGGCGAGGCGUUUGGGCCCACUCCUUCAAUGUCUUCUCUGAGCGCACUCUACCCGGAGGCUGGCCAGGCCGCGGCACAUCGGCCGGCCUGGGACUGUUCAUCAUGGGAGGGCGGGCAGGCGGCUGGGUCCGCUGUGGCGCCAGCCCAAGCUGACUCCUUUACUGCUGAACCAGGCCUGAACUACGUUGACCUUGACCUGGCCAUGGCGGAGAGCCCCCAGGCCGGGGUAGAGCAUGCCUCGGCCCCUUACAACAUGGCAGCGAGUGGCCUGGGCAGCUCCGCUGGUGCCAGUCUCAACACCUAUGCCAGUAUUGACUUCUACAAGUCUGAGGAACUGAGGGGACAUCAGACCAGUAGGAAAGAUAUUCAAGAUUGUUAGCGUUCCUCCAGGUUUUCAAACUGUGCUCCUGCUAGGUCUCAGACCGAACCUGCUCUCAGCCUGCUAAGGACCCGAGGGCCACAGUAGGCCUAUUCUUCGUUUCUCCAAAUGUCUCAACACCAGAACAGUCUACUCCAAGUCGAUCUCUUUUGAGCAUGGAUGCUUCCCAUCUCAUGUUUUGCUUACCCAGACGUGUGCCAAAAGUCCACAGCUCUCUUGACAAACAAUUCUCUUCAGCGAAAGAAAACAAACAUCAGCCCUACCAGGAGAAAAACUCUUUGUUUUGGCAGCAGGUUUAUGAAUAUCUUUUUUUAUCUUUCAAUUUUGCCAAAUAGUAUUCCAACAUAGAUUAGGCCGAAAAACCCAUUGGUGUGUCCAAAUAUUUGUAUUGUACAAUACUGAUAAAAAACAACAACAUAAUUUUGUCUAAUCCCCCCGCACAACUCAACUCAAAUCCAAUGAUACUCAAUUUCUCAAGCAAUUUUAUGAUUGAAAAGCUUUUUUCAGUUGCAGAAACACAUAGUUUACACACCUGGACUCUUUACUUGAAUACACAGAACCUUCAUAACAAAUUACCUUUGGAAUCAUUUAGAGGCGUCAACCUGUUAAUAGUAUUGGUGCAGUACCUUUUCUGCAUAGAGACACUGAUGAAUGCUUAUGAUUUCAACAAUAUUAUUGAUAAUUUAUACACACUACUCUUUCUUUACCUCUUAAGUUUAUAGGUAAGAGAGAUAAAAAAAAAAAGACUUAAUGAUAAAGAACGAUUUAUAAUUGUUUUGUAUGGUGCACAAACAACAACACACACACACACACACACACACACACACACACACACACACACACACACACAUACACAUACCUACAGACAACAUAAACUUGUAUAAUGUUAAACUAUUUAUUUGUGCCAAAAAUACUUCAAAAUACAUUGAUCGAAUGAGAUUCAUAAUUUCGUAAGGUAACGAUCGCAUUCGUAAAUAAACCCAACAGUUGCAUUUUACUUUCUCCCAAGCCAAAACCGUCAAACAAAUUCUAUAUCUAUCUACCCAAUGAACCCUUGUCACACAUAAUGCACACAUAAACAAGAUGAAAACCCAUUUGAUGAUUAAACCUUUUAGCAAACCAGAAUUAUUAUAUUGGUAAAGAAAUAUUUUCAACAACUUUGACCUUGAAUCUUGUAAAACUACAAGAUUCAUUAAUUCUGAGUUAAAAGAAGACGAAGGAAGAGGUUCUAAAUUGGAUUGUUGACGAUUUGGUUCAUACAUUUUUCAUUUUUUUAAAUUUCUUUGAAGAUUGGAAAGAGAUUAGACACACAAAUUUGUGAGAUCACUGUGGGGGAUUUUGAGGCACAACUACCGUUGCAUAAUACAUAACCAGACAUUUGUAUUGUGCUUUGAGACAUACCUGUAUAUUUUACUGAAGUAUAAGCUAUAGCUUAAUCUACAAUAGCUUUUGUAGCUUUUGAAACAUCGUAGAUACUGUAGUUUGUUUUUACAUUUGCAUUACAGUAAACACAGUUGUAAUAUAAAAUAAUACAUUUCCAAUGGAAUAUAAGAAAAUAAUAUACAUAUAAAACGCGUCAUACUAUUUAGUCUUCAUAUCUAUUUACUCUUAUAAAGUGCCUAAUUUCUGAUUGUAGCUGAUCGUAAACAGAUUACAGUACUUCAAUCGUAGUUUUACAGAACACAGAACAGAGAGCUAGCUAUUAGUCAAACAGUGAUCAGAUUGCCUUACUGUGUUUGCCAUGAAUCCACUUCCACAUUUUACUUUAUGCCGUGCCUAACACUUCAGCCAAAAUGUAAGCACUCACCCACCUCGUUUGGCUUCAUCUAGCUGAAGUUUGGCCUAAAAAUUCUCUCUCUCUCUCUCUCUCUCUCUCUCUCUCUCUCUCUCUCUCUCUCUCUCUCUCUCUCUCUCUCUCAAUAUAUAUAUAAUUUGUAUUUUUUUUUACUUUUCUUUCAUCUAUCUUCCUGUGCGCUGCUGUUUGCUUUCCAUCACAUUAACCUUUGGUGCUCUGAGAUAAUUGCCAAAAAACAAAUCAAACUCUGAAGCAUAAAUCUAGUCAUAGGUUGGAUUUUUUUUUUCAAAACUAUGAUAUAGCCUUGUUUCAUAUUUCAGCAAAGACUAAGUAGUUUGACUCAUAGAAAAUAACUUGUGCAUUACAAUGACAGAGGUGCUGCUUAAAUGAGUUUGGUCAGUUUUUAGACAAAGGCACUAUAUAUGCUAAGCUAACUAAUGCUUAUUAGCGUGUGCUGGUAGCAGUUGUAAAGCAACUCAGUGCGCAGUGUUACUGCGCCAUCGUAGAUAUUUAAGUAUUUAUGAAAAUUGUAAUGCCAACUUGCAUAUCAAAAGGAUGGAUCCCAUUUGAUAGCAAGGCAGUGAUAUAACCAAGCUGCCAGAAACAUCAACUAGACAUGACCAAACUCUUUAAAUCAAAAGCUCUCACACUUUUAUACAGGGGGUUGAAAAAGGCAGUUUUAUGGUGUACUUUGACAGUAUUAGUAUGUUACCUUUAUAUUUUCUUUUCUGUGAAAAUGUUUUAACAGGGCUCGGGAUGACACAAUACUUUUUAACCUUUUACAGCGCUAUAUUGAAUUACAGAUUAACAUUACUAUAUAAAAAGCUUAUAUAUGCAAACUCUGCUGUUAAUAUUUUUUGUAAAACAUUACAUUUUCAAUAUAAUUCAAGCAACUGAAUCAAUAACAGGUGUUCAAGACAUAUAAAGGUCAAAGACAAUGUUUCCGUCAACAUUAUUCAGGCAACUGGAAAGAUUUUAACACUACCUUGGAUACUGCAUAAUAUCUGACUUAUUAAUAUCUGGCUUGGCCUCACCACAUCACUUACCCCCCUAGCCCCCUCAACUAAAAGGACACUUAAGUGCCUGGCUUUGAUCGAAAAUUCACCAGUAUCUGAUUUUAUUACACUCAGCGUCUCCAGUCACUUGAAUUGAGCAAUUAAUGUUGAUUCAAUGCGGAAAAAAAACCCCUGUUUAAAACCAGGUCCUGGAAAAUAAAGUCUUUCUUGCAUUUUAACCGAACAAGCGUUCUGAUUCAGUUGAGCACAACACUGCAAAACUUUUGGCUUCACGUGAACAAGUUUUGUUUUGGACAUACAAUUUCUGUCUAGCAAAUACGCUUGUUGCCCUAUGAGUUUUGCAGCUGAUAUUGAACCAAAUUAUUUAAAUUGAAGGUUGGUUCUUUUUCCAUUUCGCAGAUCAUGUAUUUAUAGCAUUUUUACUUGAAACCUUUUUAAUGUUAUUCUCUUUGAAAUCAGUUAUCAUCAUAACAAAUAAGAUUUCCCAUAGUCCAUUGUUGCCAGCAUUACUUGUACUGACGACGAACCUCCUUGGCAAUCUCUCGUGUGAUGCGUAUGAAUUCUAUUCAUGGGAUCGUCCCACGUUUACCUUCUCCAAGGGAUCUUCUAUCGUUCCUCCAUUACUCCCUCGGCAGCCUUGAUGCUGGGGGAUUCUCCUGCUCCAGACUCCUUUACCUCAUACUCUCAAUUCCUCACAACCGUUUGCAGUUAUGAAAAUACAUUUAUGAAGUGGAGUUCUGAAAAAGGUUAAAGAUAUUACUGAAUUUAACGUUUGCAGUUCUGAAAAGGGUUAAAGAUAUAAAGGAAUUUAUUGUUUGCAGUUCUGAAAAACUUUAAAGUUAUUACUGAAUUUAUCGUUUGCAGUUCCUAUAAAGGGUUAAAUAUAUUACUGAGCUGAACUUUUGCAGUUCUGAAAAGGGUUAAGGAUAUAGCUGAAUUUAAAUACAAAAAAGACUCUAUGAAAGCUUUGGAUUUGAGCAGAUAUAAGUUUGUCUUUUUCUUUCUUUCUUUUUACUACGUUUACUGCCUUAGGCUGUCUUAUGUAUUAGCACUAUACAGCAUUGUAUAAAUGAGCUUUGCAUUUAUGAAUUAUCAAAAUUCUCUAAGUCUGACGAUUUUCAAUUUGAAUGAGAGACUAAUGUCGUCUCUUCAGGAUUUUACAAAACAGUGAUGUUGAAAUUGUUGUUGAAAUGAGGCAUAUAAAAAUGAUUUAUAUGCCAUCCAUUGUGAAUAAUGAUACUGUAUGUACAAUCAGAAAUGUGAUUAUGAAUGCAAAGGAGAAAACAUUGUAUUUAUUUUAAAGCUAUUGAUAAUACUUUGAUAAUAAUGUAUAGAAAAAGAAAAGAAAAAUAGCUAUGUAAAGUAUACUGUGUAUAAACAAAUUUGUUCUAAGGGGGGGAUGGGCAUGGGGUUGAUUUAGUUCACAGCCAACUGUUUAAAUCGGAAUAUUGAUGAUUCUUGUCUGUGACGUAGACAAUGUUUCUGUUUUAUUAUUUUCUUUUUAUAUAUAAAAGGUAAAAUCAUCUGAAAAUA